AGGUGAUGAGCCGCCAUCAUGAUGGCAGCUUUCUCAACACUUAACCGGUGAGAACCCGAGAAUGAAUGAAACAUGGUCAGAUAAGAAUAAAACGGUGACCUCGAUCACCGCUCAACUCUUGAUGAAGAAAAGUCUUUGGCUGCCAUGCUUGACGAUGAAAAGGUCGAUUUGUUCUCAUAUCACGAACUGAGAGCAGGACGACUGGUCAUUGAUCCUGAACAGGCAAAAGUCGAACUGGGAGAAGUGUUGUACUCAAAACUGAAGUUGACUGCAGAUGGUACCAAAGUUCUUUGGCCCCAACCCACGGACGAUCCCAAUGACCCUCAAAAUUGGAGCGAUCGACGCAAAGCAGUACAACUUAUAGUGAUUACGCUCGCCUCAUUUAUCCCGGACUUUGAUUCUGGCAUAGGCAUCGCCGCUCUUUUCCCGCUAUCUGUACAAUUCAACACUACGACCGGCGUCAUCAACAAUCUGACGUCUAAUUGGAGUGUAUUCCUAUUAGGUUGGGGUGGCAUACUUAGUGUCAUGCUUAUGAGACGGUUUGGACGACUUCCCGUACUAUUCUGGUCUCAGAUUUUGGCAUUAGGUUUCCUUAUCGGUGCUACAUUCGCACCUAAUCUCAAGACCUUCGCAGCUAUGCGUUGUCUCACUGGUUUCAUCGGGUCGUGUCCUCAGGUUACGGGCCUUUAUGUUAUCACGGAUAUAUUCCCAUUCCAUUUGCAAGCGCGGAAACUCAAUAUCUGGGCAGCGGCCUUUAUGUUGGCGCCUUUGGUAUCGCCAUUCGCAUUUGGAUUCCUCGUCGCUCGAGCCAGCUGGAGAUGGGCAUACGGGACCGGAUGUCUGUAUGGUGCUGUAGUUGUUUUGUUAAUUGUGUUCUUUAUGGAAGAAACGAUGUACGAUCGUGCUUUGAAACCUAUCCCACCACGCCCAAGUACAGGUCUGCGCUACCGCGUGGAAACAUUAAUCGGUAUCACGGGAUGGAAGAUGGCGAAAUAUAGGGCCUCAGUGGCCGAGGUCAUAUUAGCCCCUCUGAAUGUAGUUUGGAGGCCCCAAUUUAUUCUCGUAGUCGUUUUUGAGGCUAUGAUAUUCGGUUUUUCACUUGGAGUAGCAGUCACAAAUGUUGUCUUCUUAAGCUCCCCGCCACCGCUUGGCUUUGGCUUUAGUCAAUAUGCUGUUGCAGGCACCUAUGGCACUCCUAUUGUAGCUGUUAUUCUCGGCGAGCUCACAGGUCGUUUCCUGAAUGACUGGAUCAUGAAUGUCAGUAUCAGACGCAACAAUGGGGUUUUCGAGGCUGAGAGCCGGCUGUGGGCAACGUAUAUCUCUGUGCCUUUGUACGUCUGUGGGUUCCUGGCUUUGGGUGCUGGCAUACAGCACACGAUCAAGGCAGCUGUCAUCAUGGGAUGGGGCAUAGCUAUGUUUGCAUUGAUGAUCAACACCGUUGUGGUUUACGCUUAUUGCAAUGAUAGCUUCCCUGGACAACAGGGAGAAAUUAGUGCGCUGCUGACCCUGGCAAGAACCUUGGGUGGUUUCGCUGUGGCUUAUUUCCAGGUCCCCUGGGCGACGAAGGUAGGCGCUCUGGAGACAUUUGGAGUUGAAGCAGCGAUCGUCUUUGGAUUAUUUGUGGUGGCCGUGCCGAUUACUCAGCUAAAAGGCAGAUAUUUCCGGGAGCGGUUCUCCAUUUGAUGGGAUGGAUAUAUGAAAUAAAUUGAUACCUCGGCAUCUCAUGACGCCCUUUUUCUCUUCUCUCUUUCCUUUUUCCCUUUCCUUUUUCAUCUAUCUUUAUACAAUCUUUGAGCACAUUAUACGUUAAUCGAUCCGUACGGCGUAACAGGAAGAAUGGGUGUUGACGCGUUGACGUCCUUUGUUGCGUUUGUUUUACGGACUGUACACGUAGUUAUAUAUCAUGGUAAUCAGCCGCGAAUGAAAUUCUGGCUUUGAGCUUAAAUGCUUCUGUCGUUACAC